AUGGCGACCAACACGGAGCACAAUGCUGUCAACGCGGCAGUCAACGGCGACACAACAUUUCACGCUCAGCAAUUCGAAAACGCCACCCGAGGCAUGAGCCAUGAAGAGAAGACGGCCGCUCAACAUGCUGCUCGCUUCGGAUAUGGUCCUUUGGCUCAUAUGCGAACGAACUUGGAUGCCACUCUGCCCGCCUUUGGAGGUGAAUUCCAACCCGGUCUCUACAGAGGCGUUGAGAAGCGCAAGUUCGCCAAUCCGGCCCCUCUGGGCCUGUGCGCAUUCGCCUUGACCACCUUCGUCCUCAGCUUGAUCAAUUUGGGAGCUCGAGAUGUCAAAGUCCCGGCCAUUGUCAUUUCGCUCGCUUUUGGUUACGGUGGUCUCGUGCAGCUCCUGGCUGGCAUGUGGGAAAUGGCCGUCGGCAACACUUUCGGUGCCACCGCUUUGUCCUCUUAUGGCGGUUUCUGGAUCUCGUUCGCCAUCAUUCUCACUCCGGGUGGCUUCCAAAUUGAAGCGACCAUCGAACAGGAUCAGAGCACCAAGGCCCUGUUUGAUUGUCUAGGAUUCUACUUGAUGGGCUGGUUCAUCUUCACCUUCCUCCUCCUCAUCUGCACCUUGAAGUCUACCGUGGCUUUCUUCCUCUUAUUCUUCACCCUGGAUCUGGCCUUUUUGUUGCUUGCCUGCUCCUACCUGGUCCUCGAGAACGGCGCCCCUCACACCGGCUUGACCCGGGCCGGAGGCGCGUUCGGUAUCAUUGCCGCGUUCUUGGCCUGGUACAAUGCCCUCGCCGGUAUUGCCGACACAUCGAACAGCUUCUUCAUCGUUCCCGUCCUGCACUUCCCCUGGUCGGAGAAGGGCAGAGCUGCUCGUAGCAGCGCCGAGGACAAGGCCGAGCAUUCCGCAUAA